AUGUAUGUAAAGUUUCGACGUCUUGUCCACGUUGUUCUUGCCGUACCGACGGCGGAAUACGCGCUGGGAAAGAACGCAGUCGAACAGUUAGCUUAUGACGUCGAUGGGCAGCUUCUCUACUCAGUAGAUGUCAGAAGUCGUUGUUUGAAUGCAUUAUGUGCAAACUAUCGAACUUUAAUUCUUUUUCGCUAUAUAUGUGCAACAAACAUUCACGUCAUCGAUUUCGCUGACGUAAACAACAUGCGCGUCUUGUUCAAGACGUCGUUUGCAAGCGUUGACGUCACAGACGUCGAGGUGUGCGACAACCACGUGUUCGUCAGUUUUGACAACCAAACGCGACGUGAGGACGGUUAUAUUAACGUGUACAGACUCUACAAUCGCCAGACCGGCUCCCUAGAUUUGGUGCAUACUAUUCGAGCGGAACCUUACGAUGAUGACGAAACGGGCACCCUUGUGGACAACCCCGGUGGCGUUGGUAUUCUGAAGUUUCCCGAUGGACCCGAGGGGACGUACACGCUCAACGUUUUGAAUUUCGAUGAAUUUAACGCCAGGUACACUAGCGACCUUAAGCCCGAGGGGGUGCGUCACAUCAACACUAACACCGUGUUCUCAAAUGAUGUUGAGCCUGAGUUAAUCACUCUAAACAGCGAUGAGUCCAUAGCUUAUAUCGGUCUACAGGAAAACAAUGCCAUUGCAAUAGUAGAUCUUAGCCCCGAAACCAGCGUUGAUAUAAAAGGUCUUGGGUUCAAGUACUGGGACGUCUACACUAUGGAUGCCAGCGACAAAGAUAAUGGUAUGCACACGCGUCACUGGAAGGUGAAGGGAAUGUACCAACCGGACUCCAUUAAGUUUUUCCAGCAUCGCGGCGUUGACUACAUCAUAACAGCGAACGAGGGGGAGGGCAAAGACUUUAAAUAUUUCACCGAGGAAGCAAGGGUGAAUGAUUCACAGCUUUCGGGUCUAUAUAGCCGACCUAAAGUGUCAACGGCGAUGGGACUGAACGCUUCCACCAACAAAUACGACGAACUAUAUGCCUUCGGGGCGCGCAGCUUUUCCUUCCGGCGCGCCGACACCAUGGAGCUCGUGUACGAUAGCGGGGUCGAGAUCGCCCGGAAGACGGCACAGCUGGCUCCCAAGCUGUUCAACACCGACUACGGGAGCGCUAACACUGUGGCUCAGACCUACGACCAACGUUCUGAUGAUAAGGGCCCAGAAACCGAGAGCAUCGCGGUGGGUCAUUUCGGCGAUAUAACGUUACUAAUGAUCGGCAACGAGCGAUCGGGAACCAUCGCUGUUUAUUCGAUCGAUGAAAGACUGGCGGCAAUCGCCCCCAAGUUCGAAACGCUAAUUCACGGAGUCACGCGAUUGAAUGACACGUGGAACAACUUGUACGCAGCACGUGCCGUUAGCAUGCUGGAUCCCGAAGAUGUGUCAGUUAACCCAACUGUACGGUUCGUUCCAGCCGAGAAGAGUCCUAACGGAAGUCCACUUCUUAUCGCCAGCUGUAGCAUUAGCGGAACAAUCACCGUUCUUAAGGUCAACGUCCGCGAUGAUUCUCGUGAGUACACAGAGAUAGUAGUGGAUGCGGGAGUGCUGGUGGUUGAUGUGAUGAUGAUGGAGAAAUGUAACUGUCAAUGA